CAAAAAACGUAUACAGAUACUAGUCAACGUUUAUCUCUGUGAGACGUCGCCGUCCGUCGUCGUCGGGUCGGUAAUUUUUAAUAAUCGAUUAAAACCUUCGUCUGUAACGUUAUUACGGAGCGAAUUUUUGUGUGAAUCACACUAUACUUUCGACAUUAUAAAGGCGGAAAGAUUCUCUCAAAAAAACACCGGUCGUCGGCGCGCUCAUUUGCAACUUAAGCCUCGGGCCGCUCGCGUUCGCUUAAGUCAGAACGUCUUCCCAGUGCGUGCUUGCGUGUCAUUGAUGCAUAAGUGGCGGCAAGCGUGUUUUUUUUUAAAUGACAUUUUUUAAAUCGAAAAAAUAAAAUCGCCAUAGGUACUGUCAGGUGUCACGAAAAUGACUUGUUUGGUUAGAAAAGUUUGCUUUUACGCAAUUUCUGUGCUGUUGUUUUCCGCGAAUUGUGCAAAAUGUGCCGGCAAUUCGACAUCAUCCAGUAAUGAACAACAAGAGAUUCUGGCUGUAACGUAUGUACCAGUGGAGGGAUUCAACAAUUCUCAAGAACAGUUAAGUUCUGGGCCCAUACUGGUCUUGGACAAAAAAACGCUUUACAUAACAAAUCUCAAGUAUAACACAAAAAUCGCGUCUAACUUUUGGGUAGCUUAUGGGAAAAAUAUUACCGUUGCGCCAAACGAAGAAGGCCUUUACGAGCCUUUUACUGGCUACGGAGGAGAAAAUAUCUAUAUAACAUUGCCGUAUCCUUUAUCAGAAAAUGCUCCAACAUACUUUGGAAUAUGGGAGAAUAAAACCAAAAGGGCUGUUGCCAGUACCACAAUUCCCAAAAAUGUUGCAGUACCCGAAGCGAAAGGAUAUGACAGAAAUGAUGCAGAAGGUAGAAGAAUUAUAAGGGUUAAGAAAUGUUGUCCGUUGGGAGAAGCAUUUUCCGAACAGGGCUGUCAGAAAACCACUCAAGGAUUUCACCCUGCAUUCGAAAUAUUGGAUAACAAUAAAACGCACGUUGACGAUACACCCUUGAAAGAAGGAUCGAUGAACAUCCAGCCGUUUUAUAGUAUUACUCCAUGUCCAAAGGGAGCACUCAUUCCAGGUGUCGAUUCGUUUAUUUUAUUGAGCAACGGUUCACUUGUUAUUCCGGAUAUCAAAAAAAUCUUGACGCAAGAUGAAUUUUGCAUCGAAACUGUUUAUAUGGAGUUCGAAAAUUCGUCAAUGUCAUGGACCACAACGGCCUUCACCUGCUUCCAGGGCGAAGUGCUUCGCGGCGGGAAUGGAUUCCUUAUAGUUAUAGGAAUAGGGAUAAUUGUAUCAAUAAUUUUUCUACUUGCAACCGCGUCAAUUUUUAUCUUUUGCAAAGACGAAAUGUUGCACUCAGCGAGAGGAAAAUCAAUUGCGUGGUUUUCGAUUUCUGUGGCAAUAUCGUUUGUGUGUUUGGCGAUUGACUACAUUUUCACAAUACGCGGUACCUUCUGCCACGUAAUGGGAUUUAUUUUCCAAUUGUGUUUAAUGUCGUCGUUUGCCUGGUUAUUGGCAAUAACAUGGGAAACAUUAAUGAAAAUAAGGGCUUUCAGAUUCCAAGAAAUGAACUGUAACCAUCACCGGAUGUUUUGUAGGAACUAUAACAAUUCGAAAUUCACCAAGGACAGCUCGCGUUUCAGAAUUUAUUUGACUUUGGUCAUCACGCUGUCCAUCGCGGUUCCGUUUUUAUCGGUGAUUGUCCAUCAUUCUGUCGCUAUACCGAAUGUUUUUUUCAAAGCCGACUCAGGAGUAAACAGUUGCUGGAUUGAUGGAGAUAAAAAGCCAGUCCUAUAUUUAUAUGUCCCGAUUAUUGCCAUCAUUAUUUUUAAUGUAAUUUGUGCGGUAUAUAUGAAAUAUCAAUUGGUUAAACUGGAAAAACAGGGAAUUGCCAAUCAAACCGAUAUUUCCUGGAUAACUAUGAAGGAUGAUCUUAAGUCCAUGUUUCGAUCUUGUUACUUGGUACUGUGUAUAAUGAGCUUAUCCUGGGUUGUCGAAAUAAUUUCAUUCUUUUCCGAGUCAACACAUCCAGCAUGGUAUGCGAUCGAUAUGAUCACAUGCCUUCAGGGUUUUUUCGUAUUCGCUGUAUUCGUUUUACACCGACCGAUAAAGGACAGGUUAUGGGCCACGAAGAGAAGGAUCCAGUCAUGGCACUGGAAGACACCGCCGAGUUCUCCACAAAACGUUCAACUGAACGACUUUGUUUACCCCAACAAUUCAACAGCUCUCUUAAACGACAACAGCAACGACAACAUUAUAACUGACGAAGCCACUGCCAAUAAUACGAAUCAUUUGAAGGGAUAACUGAACGAGUUUUAACGAGUUCACAGUAUUAUUUUUUUUGUACCUGGAGCCGAAUGGGAUUAGUCCAGGAUCGGAUGUAUUAUGUUUUUGAAGGCUUAAUAAUAUUUAUUGCAUUUUUCAUUACUCAUACUAGUUAAGGGAAAAACAGAAAAGGUCUAUAAAUGCAAGGGACUUCCUUCAGCUAGAGUUUGUUUCUUACUUUAUUUGAUGAGAGACAAGAGAUCAAAAAUGAAUAAAAAAAAAGCCCGUUAGGCAAUUUUGCUAAUUUUUUAUUUUUUCAAUUGAUAAACUAAUA